AUGAAAGACAUCAUCAUCGCCUUGCUGGCCUCAGAUGCUGCACUUCUUGUAGGUGGGAAAACCAAGGGCACCGAUGCAUGUGGGCUGGGGCAGGCGUCCAUCUUAAAGCCUAUGUGGCUGUUCACUUUCCUCUCGAUCGUCCUCCAAUGGCACCUGAGUCGCAUUGCUGCCCUCGAGGGGGCUGGUGAAGGCUCGGAUGAAGAUGGAGAUGAAGAUGAAUAG